UUGGCCACUCGUAUUCUGAAUUGUCGGUUUGAUAGGCCGCCGGGAGACCGAAUGUGCGGACUGCCACUUAACUGCAUUAUUACUUAUCUGUCGUCCUCCGACCUCCCUCCACCUACAUCUCCCUCAGCCCUCCAGGACGGACGCUGGAGUACUGCGACCAAACGACGCAAUUACUGCACUUCAUAUCUCAAUCACUUAUAUGCGGGGCGCGUGAUACCGCCAUUGGUGAUAACGCAAAUUCGUUUUGCCGAACAUCUUGCUAAUAGAGUUUCACUAAUUUAUAAGGCAGUUAAGCCGCAGCUAUACCGGCCCUGCGUAAAACUGUCCGCGGUAGACGUAAAAAGGAUUUCAUCGUAG